AUGAUGGGGUGGAGGUUUGUUGAAACAGAGUUAGCGGCACAUCCAUUAACAUAUACCACAAUGGGGUUUUGUACAUUUAUGAAAACUGUUGAGGUCACUCGACACAAAGCACCUGCUGAUCAACCAGUCUCUACAUUAAAAGUCGCAUCUGAUAUUUGGAAAAAGGAGGGAAUUCGUGGUAUAAAUAAAGGUGUUAAUGCUGUAGCUCUAAGACAAUGCACAAAUUGGGCUAGUAGAUUUGGAUUAACAAGAUUAAGUGAAACUGCCAUUAGGAAAUUACGAGAUGGUGAGGUUGUUGAUUAUUCUAAACCAUUGUCACCCAUUCAAAAAAUUUUAGCAAGUGCCCUUGGUGGUGGUUUGUCCUGUUGGAAUCAACCAAUUGAAGUUAUUCGUGUGGAAAUGCAAUCUCAAGUACAAACACCAGGACGUCCCAAAAAUAUGACAAUUGUAACAUGUGCUAAAUACAUUUAUCAAAAUAAUGGAUUGAAAGGGUUUUAUCGUGGUGUAACUCCUAGAAUUGGACUUGGAAUUUGGCAAACAAUCUGUAUGGUAUUUGGUGGUGAUUAUGUCAAG